UUUGGCUUUGCUAGGCUCACUUGGUCUGAAAGGUUGGAGGCUGUGAGUGUCACUGCUGAAGGAUGUGGUGGACCGGGCUGGAUUGCGGAUUUUGGAGUAGAUCACAGAAUUGCAUUCGCAGAUUGGAGCUUGGAUCACGGAUUUGGGGUUAGAUCAAGUAUUUGGGGUUGGAUAGGGGAUUUGGAGCUGGGUUGGUGGGGUUGGAGGGGGUUGGUGGUGGUGAAAAUGUGACAGGUGGUGAAAAUGUGACAGGGAACUGCCCCGCUUAAGAGCCGGUGGUUGGGGGUCUGAGAAGAACUCACCACCAUGAAGUCAUUCGACUUUGGGAGCCACAGAGGCCAGAGGGUCCUGAGCUCCAUAGGCCACAUCUACACGUGUUCUGGGUACCGAAUCUGGGACGCUGAACUGCAGAAGAUCCAGAGGGUGGCUGUCAAGUGUGAUACCGGGGAAGUGGAGCGCUGCCUGGUGUGCUGGAGUGGAGACCAGGACCAGCAGCACAGCAGCGUGUCCCCAAGAAAGUGUCAGAGCCUUUACCUGGACCUUCCCAUGAAAAAGAAAACAGAAUAG